AUGCACCCCUCCGAAGUGGCGAUUCGCUGCAUGGGGGUCCUUUCCGACGAGGAAAGCCCCUUUCCGGUGUUUCUUGGACGGGAUGACGGGAUUGUGGAGAAGUACGUCUCCAUUCGGGAUGUGGAUCUGGGGAUCCCCUCCCUCACCUUGCGUGGGCACCGCAAGGCCGUCACCGCGCUCCUCGCGGUCUCGCCGGAUGAGUUGUUGAGCUGCUCGCUCGACGGCACCCUGCGGGAGUGGAAUGCGGAUGGGAUGUUGGCCAAAAGCGCCGCGCGGCUAACGCGCCGGAUCGAUUUGGUCGUCCCGCUCUACUGCAUGGCGCGGCAGGGGGAGCGGCUCUACCUCGGCGGCGGGGACGGCUCGCUGCACAUCGUGAACGGCGUGCGGCGCUCGACCUGGGAGGGCCAUCGCGACGUCCUCGCCUGCAUCGCCUUCGCCGAGGAGGGGAAUUUGGUCGUGACCGGGGGCUACGACCACCAAAUCCUCGUCUGGGAUGCCACCGGGGGGAAGCCGAUCCGGCGUCUGCUCGGGCAUUCGAACCGCGUGAUCGGGAUCGGCGUCGUCGCCCACCCCGAGUUCGCGAGCGGCGACGAGGACGAGGAGGGGGCCGCGCGGGGCCGGGAUCGCCCCCGGCCUCGUCUCGACGGCGCCAUCGUCUCCUUCUCGAAGGAUCGCACGAUGAAGGUGUGGCUUCUGCCCAGCCCCCACGAGGAGUUCGGCGAGGAGGUGGCGGGGCUCCUGGACAAAGGCUCCUCCGGGACGCAAAACGGGGCCUCCUUCCCGAGCGUCAACCUCAACGCGAACGAGGCCAAACCCCCGUCUUUGUCCACCUCCAAGACGGACGCCCCGGCGGAGGCGGUCGAGGGGGGGGGGAGGCCGCGCCGGCCCCGGUCGACGCCCGCAAUUCCCUCAGCCUCGACAACGCCGUGUCGGAUACCAAAGACAGCAGCAAGCGGGUCUCCUUCAUCGGCCCCUCCGGCGAAUUCCACGAGGAGGGCCUCCUGCCGAAAGUCCUGA